GUUCAAGUAGAUGUUCAGUGCUACUCGACAUUGUUCAAGUACUAUUUUGUGAAUAAAUAGUUUUAGGUAUUACGAGCCAGGGUGAGGGGUUUGUAUGCCAGCUAUGUGCUUGUGCGGGUAUAUAUAUACCAUAUAUAUGAGAUGGAGAGUGGCAUAUAGUUUCACAGCACAUACAUUUAAAAAAGAAUGAGGGCUCUUUCUUCAUCAUCUUCUUCUUCAUCUCCAACAAUUAUGAAAGCAGGAUUAUUAUUGAUGGUGUGUUUGAUUGAUAGGGUUUCUUCAUCAUCAAAGCCGCCAGGUGAUAAUGGUGUGGGUGUUGGGUAUGAAUAUGUGGGGACUGUGUAUGCAGGGGGUCAACAAUCUAAUACCUGGGCUGCCCCUUGCUUUCUCCAGAACUCUGCUACCUUGAAGCAACGACUCGUGGAUUUCGGUUCAUAUCUGUACACGGUUACAGUCAUGCCUCAUCAUGGAAGGUGUUGGACUUGUCGAGAUGAUUAUCAGAUGAAACUGGGAGAUCAAAUCUUGGCAACUGGAAGUACCUAUUUCGGCGGUGUCGAUAACGAUUUCACACUAUAUUAUCAUCGUGCUGAUAUCCCAAAUAUCGAGAGUCAAGGAAUAGAUAUUUACGUGGAUAUGAAUUCUGCUUGCAAUGGUCUACCCAAGGGGGCGAUGAAGAAUCCAUUCAAACGUGCCGUGGAAUCAGUUGCGGCCAUCGAUUGAAAGAAUACCCAAAAUAUCCAAUCAGACUCAUUAAUUA